CUGGGAGCCGGCGCGAUGCAGGAGCUGGGCCCGUUCCGUGUCAACCCCGACGGCAAGACGCUUAGCAGGAACAGGCACGCCUGGAACAACGUGGCCAACGUGAUCUUCCUGGAGUCGCCGGCCGGCGUUGGGUUCUCGUACUCGAACACGUCGUCGGACUACGACCUAAGCGGCGACCGGAGGACGGCGGUGGACUCGUACACCUUCAUGCUCCACUGGCUCGAGCGGUUCCCCGAGUACAAGGGCCGCGACUUCUACAUCGCCGGCGAGAGCUACGCCGGGCACUACGUCCCGGAGCUGGCCGCCGUCAUCGUGGCCAUCCGCAAAUUCACCGGCAAGAACCCCACGAGCCUCAAGGGAAUCUUCGUUGGCAACCCGUACCUUGAUAACUACAAGAACGAGAAGGGCGGUCUCGAGUUCUUGUGGAACCAUGGGGUGAUGUCCGACGAGGUGUGGGCCGACAUUACCGAGCAUUGCAGCUUCGGACCGUCCGAGGGCCUGCUGUGCCACAGGGCGAAGGCGUCGUUCGAUCCUGGUAACAUUGAUCCCUACCACAUCUACGCUCCGAUCUGCAUCGAGGAGCCCAAUGGGACGACCCACUCCACUGGCUAUUUACCUGGGUACGAUCCGUGCAUCAAGUACUACGUCCCAGCCUACUUCAAUAGGCUUGAGGUGCAGGAGGCGAUCCAUGCUCGGGUCAACACACGUUGGUCCACUUGCACUCAUAACAUCCUGCACUGGAACUGGAAAGAAGCUCCGGUGUCCAUGGUGCCAACGCUCUCAUGGCUUGUCCGUAAUGGACUGCGAGUGUGGUUGUACAGUGGUGACAUGGAUGAUGUGUGCCCAAUUACGGCGACGAGGUACUCCGUCCAAGAUCUCAAUCUGACCAUCACAAAGCCAUGGCGCCCCUGGUACACCCCUGCCAACGAGGUUGGAGGUUACAUUCAGCAAUACAAGGGAGGAUUCACAUUUGCGUCGGUGAGGGGAGCUGGUCACCUAGUACCCAGUUUCCAGCCUAAGAGAUCGCUAGUUCUCUUCUACUCCUUCCUGAAAGGCGUGCUCCCACCCGCAGUUUCAUUGUGGAACCAGAUCUCGUGCUGCAUUCUGCUCGCGAUCCUACACGCGGUCCCGCUCGCGACUGCCGCCCUGGACCAAGGCGCGCUGCUGCGGCAGUUCAUGGAGUCCCAGCAGGCCCAGAGCGUGCCCUUGCCCGGCGAGACCGACCCAUGGGUCGACCCGGUCGGCAGCUUCGGCCACCUGCCCACGGACGGCAAGACGCCCGAGGGCAGCAAGGAGGCCGACAGGAUCACGGCGCUGCCGGGGCAGCCGCCGCGCGUCAACUUCGAGCAGUACGCCGGGUACGUGACCGUGGACGAGGAGCACGGCCGCGCGCUCUUCUACUACUUCGUCGAGUCCCCCUACGACGCCGCCUCCAAACCACUCGUCCUCUGGCUCAACGGAGGUGUAUAUCUAUCUCAAUGGUGUUCCGUGUUCGGCGUUCGUUCUGGUUGGGAGCCAUGUAAUCUCAACGCGAUGGAGGAGCUCGGCCCGUUCCGCGUCAACCCGGACGGCGAGACGCGGAGCAGGAACAGGAACGCUUGGAACAACGUGGCCAACGUGAUCUUCCUGGAGUCGCCGGCCGGAGUCGGCUUCUCCUACUCCAACACGUCGUCGGACUACGAGAACACCGGCGACGUGAGGACGGCGGUGGACUCGUACAUCUUCCUGCUAAACUGGCUCGAGCGGUUCCCCGAGUACAAGGGCCGCGACUUCUACAUCGCCGGCGAGAGCUACGCCGGGCACUACAUCCCGGAGCUGGCCGCCGUCAUCGUGGCCGUCCGCAAACAUACCGGCGAGGACCCCACGAACCUCAAGGGAAUCUUCGUUGGCAACCCGUUGCUUGAUAAAUACAAGAACGACAAGGGCUCUCUCGAGUUCUUGUGGAACCACGGGGUGAUGUCCGACGAGAUGUGGAACAACAUUUCCGAGCACUGCAGCUUCGGCCCGUCCGAUGGCGUUUCCUGCCGUGAGGCCAAGUCGCCGUUCGAGGACCUCAUCAAAUUCGUUAAGAAUGCUGGCAACAUCGACCCGUACAACAUUUACGCUCCCGUGUGCCUCUGGUCGUCCAACGGGACGACCUACUCCAGUAGCUAUUUACCUGGCUACGAUCCGUGCAUCGACAACUACGUCGAGGUUUACCUCAACAACACUGACGUGAAGAAGGCGAUCCACGCUCAGAUCAGCACAGAUUGGUCAACUUGCAAUGACUACUUGCCAUGGAAGGAUGCCCCGUUGACCAUGGUGCCAACGCUCUCAUGGCUUGUUGCCACCGGAUUAAGAGUUUGGGUGUACAGUGGCGACAUGGAUGACAUUUGCCCGAUCACUGCGACGAGGUACUCCGUCAAGGAUCUCAAUCUGACCAUCACCAAGCCAUGGCGCCCCUGGUACACCCCUGCCGACGAGGUUGGAGGCUAUGUUCAGCAACACAAGGGAGGAUUCACGUUUGCAUCUGUGAGGGGAGCUGGCCACAUGGUACCCAGUUUCCAGCCCAAGAGAUCGUUGGUUCUCUUCUACUCGUUCCUAAAAGGCGUGCUCCCACCUGCAGUUCCAUUGCGGCAGCCGUGA